AAUAUUGGGUCAAUAUUAUCUUGUGAAUAUUUUGUUUCGUGUACUACUGACAAUGCCAGUGUUAUGGCCUCGUUGAAGCGAACACUUGUGGGGGUGAUGACUAUGCACUUUAUACUGAGGCAUCGGAUGUUUUUGUCAUAUUCUGAUUCUUGUUUGGGGCAGUAAGGUAAGCGGACUUGGACCAACAAGCACUGUCCAAAUCCUGGGAGACAGAUAUGGAGAAUCAUGGGAUGAAGUUAAUUGAAAUAAGGAAGUUGGGGCUGAGACUUCCAAAGAAACAACUAAUGUAGUGUUGGCACUUUCUGAAAUGCUGAAUGAAUGUCUCUGUGCAGAUUUGAAAGCUACUCCAGAGAAGAAUAACAAGCUCUGUUGGAUGUUAAGUCAUUCUCAUGAAGCCAAUGAAGUUAUCCGAGCCUUUAAAGAAGAACACGAUGUUCCGAGGGUUCAACGUUGUUGCAAAAAAGAUGGAACUCUUUGCUCAUUCACUUGA